UAAACGACGUUUACCGCUGCGACGUCAGCGCGCCUACGGAGGAUCGCGUCUAGAUUUUUGCCGGUGUACACUUUGAAAUUUGCGGUCGCUGAGGAGGGCGCGAAUUCGAAACGUCGCGAAAUUUUUCGUCAUUGUCGCGCGCGGGUAGUGACCGCGUGGGCGCCGGUUUUCAUUUUGGUAAAAGAGAAAAAUGAGGGUCAAUCGGGACGCAUAAAAAUAAUCGGAAAACAUCGGGGACAGAAUAAAAAAAUAUUGAAAUAUAAUUUUCGCCUUCGAAAUUAUUUUUACGACAUUCCAGGUGGGAAGGUUAUGUUUGGCCGCUCGUUUUUCUCGUUUAUUCAAAGCCCGACUCCUAACGGAGAUGUGACAAAAGUUUGAGGAAAGAGUGAGGGUGAAUUCGGCGUUUCCCGCAAGUUGUUCCACUUUCCAACUAUGUACUUACUCGUCUCCUGUGUCUUUUCGAUCUUUUUGUUUCCGUCAGUUUUCGGCGCCGAACAAAGCGUGAGCUCGAAGAAGUUCCGUGAUUUUCUGCAAGAGUGGCCCACUCCCGAAACUGGACCAUCUUUCGAUACGACCAUAAACUACAAUAUAACGGGUCUGGUCGGCAACACCGUUUUGCUCCACUGUCGCGUCAAGAAUCUGGGCAAUCGAACGGUUUCUUGGGUAAGGCACCGGGACAUACACCUCUUGACCGUAGGGAGAUAUACCUACACGUCCGACCAAAGAUUCGAAGCUUUGCACACUCCCCAUACUGAUGAGUGGACCCUAAGGAUACGAUAUCCUCAGAAGAAAGACUCGGGCAUCUACGAGUGUCAAAUUAGUACAACGCCUCCCGUAGGACACCCCGUCUAUCUUACCAUCGUUGAACCGAUUACGGAAAUCCUAGGUAGUCCGGAAUUGUUCAUCAACAUGGGAUCCACGAUAAACCUGACCUGCGUCGUACAAUACGCUCCCGAACCGCCUACAAUUACAUGGUCGCAUAAUUCCCAAGUGAUCAACUUUGACUCGCCCAGGGGAGGUAUAAGCUUGGUCACCGAAAAAGGUUUGACCACAACAAGUAGACUUUUGAUCCAAAAAGCGGUCCAAAAGGAUUCGGGCUUGUAUAGCUGUACUCCGUCCAACGCCAAUUCUGCAACUGUGAGGGUACACAUACUAAACGGAGAGUACCCAGCCGCGAUGCACCACGGCCAUAGUACGCUUACCAGCUACUCCCAGCCGACGAUCAUCAUCAGCCUGAUGAUGCUGCUACUUUUUCGGCCAUGCACGUAGCGUUAUCUUCGCUAGAAACGUUCAGGCGUUUAAAUCGAUUCGGAGAUAUUAUUGUUUCGCCAGAGAUUGGCGGAGAUUUAUGUGAUGUUUUUUAUACCGAUCCGUUUGGGGUUUCCCGUGAAAGUGUUUUCGAUUGCUUGAUCUCAUUCGUCGUCGAGUAAAAGUCCGGACUAAGAUCUAAUCUGUAUGUUACUAUAAAGAACAACCGUUUAUGUAGUAUGUUGUGUUAAAUGUGGAAAACGUCCGAGAGAUUUAAAUUUUCGUUAGUCGACAACUCGAAUAAAAUUUGAGAUUUUGGAGACAUAUUUUUCAUACUGAAAAAAGACCUUUUCCUUAUAAUCGUUUUACAGAUUUCCAAGCUCUAAGCUUUUAAUUUUUUUUCCUUCCAAAUUAGAAUUAGAGUGGUGACAUCUUCUCAUAUAUCAGGGCUACGAUGCCACCUUGGUUUUCGAUGUUAGCUCUUUAUAUAUACCUGGGAAAUGAACAUUGACUAAUGACGGAAACGCAAAAUAAAAGGUUUAAUAAUCAUUAUCAAGUUGUUGUUUUUGUUUGUUUUAUAUGGAAAACGAAAAUUUCAUUUGAUAGAUGCCAUAGCUCCAAGUCGCUCAUUCGGAUACACACUUAAACUUCUUAAGCAUGUGGUUUUUAGGUAUACAUGGUAAUUAAGUUUUAGUUUUGAUCAGGUGCAAACUUUCCUAUUUUUUCAACAAUACUAAAAAUCUUUAACUCAAACGAACACCGUCGUAGGGAGAAUAUUUUCAGUACCUGUAUACCCAAUAAAUUGAAUUAUAAUUAAUAAUAAUUAAUAAUAAAUUGAGAAUUAAAAACAACUUUAACCACUUAUAAAUUGGAUAGCUUUAAGACAACAACAAUAACCAUCGGUUGUGAAAAUUUUUUACUUAUUGUCUCAAUUAUUUGCUUGGUUAUUAAAAUAAUAAUAAACAAAGUAUAGGCACUAGUUUUCUGUUUAUGAUUUUGGGCAAUAAAAUGAGGCCAAUUAGUUGUUCAAUCGGAUAUUUGGGGUAUUUAUUAUUGUUAUUAUGUGCUCACCUAAACAUUUUAUUUCCUACUAUAAGGCAGAAUAAAAUUAAUAAUAAACAAAUAAUAAUAAAAUAAAAUUAGUAAUAUAAUAACAUAAAAUUAAAAAUGAAAUUCAUAUGUUGCUGUUUAUAUACAAAACGUGGAGUAACAGAUGGACGUCGAAUUCGUCUCUAAACUCUAAUGUGUGUAAAUAUACAGGGUGUUCCAUGCAAAGCAAUUUUGCAUCGGGUCAAAAAAAACGGAAUACCCUGUAUACAUAAAUACCAUAUACCUAAGAAGUUCAACGCCAUACAAGAAAAAUGUUUUCGUAGAACUUACUAUAUCUGGGCCACGCUAUACAGGGAGGUAUUAUUCUUAGGAAUGUCAUGUGGAUUCUAAAAUUGCGUUCAUUUUGUAUUCCAUUCUGUGUUACUUUUUUCUUAGAAACCUAUUUGUUUUUUAUGAUUUAUUCGGAUUUUGCACAAUUUUAGAAAAAAAAUAAAUAAUUUUUUGGUUUUCGCUAUUUAAAAUUUUCGACGAAACAUAGGGGAAAAAGUGGAACUUUUUGGUUUCAUGUCACGUCAAAUUUGGUAUUAUUUUAAAGUUAAUUUUAAUUGAUUGUAAUCAUUAAAAUUGAUUAAAAUAAACUUUAACACUUAGAUCGGUUACGAAGGAUUUGCGAAUCCAUAUUUAUAGGAAACAAAAGUCUUAUUUCAACAUAACGAAUAUGCUCUUAAAAAUCUUGAUAUUAAAUGUUAAAACACCUUAUAUAUGGCGUGAUUCACAGAAAAUUGAUUAUCUUCAAUGUUUUUUAAGCACAGAGCUCAGCACAAAAAAUAAUUCAAUUUUGUUCAGAUUUUCUUAUUAAUAAGCCACCAAUUUUGAACGUUUCAGACAUUAUCUGCUAAUAAAUAAGUUUUCGAUAAAUACAAUACAUUUCGAUAACCAUUUUCUUUUAACCAUUUUUGCCAAAACCAUUGAAGAGUAUUUGAAAUAGCACACCCUAUAAAUUCUUUUAUAAUCUAAGUCUGUGCAAGAAAUUAACUGUUUUUUACACUUUCACCCUUUCAUAAAUUAUUUUAGCAGCGAAAAAAUAAAAAAUUAGGGCAAAAUGACAAUUUCAUAUGACUAAUAUAAUAAAUAAUAGUUAAUGUUUCCUUGGGUGUAGUUUGGGGUGGGGCGGAUUAAAUAGUUAUACAAUGUGAAUGUUUAUAUUUCCAAAGGUUCCAAAUGUCUCGAUGUCGAUUUUGCGAAAACAGUAAAAUCAAUUCGAAAAUAUUGAGAAACCGUUUCCCAGCUUUAUUUCCAAAAAACGUUAAACUUUCUCACAAAUUUUCAUACGUAAGUUUACGAAAUUAAAAAUGGCGGACCAAGCUUGUGCUACGAAACUGCAAAAUACUUUGAGCAAAUCGAUGGAUCGACGGUUUUGUUUUCGCAACACCAUUUACUGGGAAUUGUUCAGGCGGAAGGGAUUUCUGCGAAUUCUUACCGAUAGUAUGUUGUUUUAUUUGUUAGGUAACAUUUUCAAAAUCAGUUUCAACCGAGGAGUGAAUCUCUGAAAAAAAUAUGUUCACUGAAAUUCCAUACACAUCGUCGAUACCAUCGAAUGUGUAAAAUACCCCAGUGGUUUACCCCUCGGUGUCAACGUAUGUUAAGUACCGUGCAUGAAAUGUCUACCGAUUAUUAUAAGGAUAUACAAAAAUUUUACCCGUGUACAUAUCAAUAUCAAUGGAUUAAAGGCAACGACUUCCUGUACAUAAUGUGAAAAUACCAUAUAUUAACUGAUGCAUUUUAACAUUUUGUACAUAAAUUAAGUUUACAUGUUCGUCUAGUAUAUAAGCAAAGUGAAUA